AUGACGCUAGAAGUUAAAAUCAUAGCGACCGAGAAAAUUAAACCUGCCUCUCCAACUUCUUUGCCUCUAAGAACCUACAAGGUUUCAAUUCUGGAUCCACUCUUCCGUCAUGCAUAUGUCCCAAUGGUUCUCUUCUACCCAAACGAUCAAACUAGUAGUGAUCUCGAUGAUGCCAUUGCCAUCGCUGGAAGAACACAACGUCGUCUAAAGCAGUCCCUUUCGGAAACUUUAACUCGCUAUUACCCUUUUGUUGGAGAGGUCCAAGAUGAUCUCCAAAUUGAGUUUAAUGAUGAGGGAGUCUAUUAUGUUGAAGCCCAAGUUGAUGAACAUCUCACAGAUUUUCUCAGGAAACCUGAUAUUAAGUCGCUACAUAUUUUACUUCCAUUUGACCCCAAUUCCAUGGAGUAUAUAUCAACACCCUAUGUAGUUAGGAUUCAAGUAAACAUUUUUAACUAUGGUGGGGGUGCCAUUAGCAUGUGCACUUCACAUAUAUUCAUCGAUGGUCACACGAGCACAAUGUUUUUGAAGGCUUGGGCAGCCACUGCUCGUGGCCAGUCUCUAGAGCAAAAAUGCGUCAUAGGUGCUUCUAAAGCAAUUCAUGGUUCCAAAGAGUCAUCUGUUUUGUCACUUUCAGUGAAUCUACGAAGAAAAAGUUUGUCACCAUUCCUGGAGAGUUCUGUUGGAAACAUCAUUUGGAUGGUGAUUGCACAGUGCAAGGUGAAUUCAAACUUGGUACUGCCCUUCAUUGUAGGGCAUUUAAAGAAUUCCAUUGUAGAAAUAAACAGUGAUUUUGUUGAAGAAAUAAAAAGUGAUGAAGGGUCUUUGAAAGUUGGUGAGCAUCUCAAAGAAAUGGCUCAACUGUAUUCCAAUCCUGACGCUGAUUACUUUCUUGUCACUAGUUGGUGUAACUUUGGCCUUCAUGAAGCUAAUUUUGGGUGGGGAAAACCUAAAUGGUGGUGUAUAAGCACUCUGAGCACAAAUACCUCAGUUUUGUCUAAUGUCAUAUAUUUAGUGGAUACAAAAGUGGGUGAUGGAAUUAAAGCAUGGGUUUGCCUAAGUGAACAAUACAUGGCUGUAUUCGAGCGUGAUCCAGAGCUCCUCGCAUUCGCUUCCUUGGAUCCUAGUCCUCUUGAACAUGAUAACCAAGGAUAG